AUGGAUGUGAUAAAAACGCAGCAAAUCUCAGCGAGGCCGAUCGAGAAGGUGAUAGUUCACCCUCUGGUUUUGCUCAGCAUCGUCGACAACUACAACAGGGUCGCCAAGGACACUCGCAAGCGCGUCGUCGGCGUUCUGCUUGGCUCCUCUUUCAAGGGCACCGUUGACGUCACCAACAGCUAUGCCGUGCCCUUUGAAGAAGAUGACAGGGACCCUAGUAUUUGGUUUCUUGAUCACAACUACCAUGAGGCCAUGUAUGCCAUGGCGAAGAGAAUAAAUGCAAAGGAGCAUGUUGUGGGAUGGUACAGCACGGGUCCAAAAUUGCGAGAAAAUGACUUGGACAUUCACGCUUUAUUUAAUGACUAUGUCCCAAAUCCUGUCUUGGUCAUAAUUGAUGUCCAACCAAAGGAGCUGGGUAUACCCACAAAAGCUUACUGUACUGUUGAAGAGGUUAAAGAGAAUGCUACCCAGAAAAGCCAGAAGGUGUUCGUUCAUGUGCCUUCUGAAAUUGCUGCCCAUGAAGUUGAGGAAAUUGGAGUGGAACACUUGCUUAGAGAUGUGAAGGAUACAACCAUCAGCACUCUCGCAACAGAGGUUACAGGGAAACUCACAGCCUUGAAAGGAUUGGAAGCAAGACUUCGAGAGAUUCGGGGUUAUCUUGACCUUGUUAUUGAUGGAAAGCUCCCUUUAAACCACGAGAUUUUGUACCAUCUACAGGAUGUGUUCAAUCUACUUCCAAAUCUUAAUGUUUCCGAGUUGAUCAAGGCUUUUUCAGUGAAAACAAAUGAUAUGAUGUUGGUUAUCUAUCUUUCUUCUCUCAUCCGAAGUGUUAUUGCUCUUCACAACUUGAUUAACAACAAGAUGCACAAUAAGGAGCAUGAAAAGGCAGAAGACUCGAAACAAGUUGCUGUACCAGCUGCAGCCGGAAGCUAA